UUUGUUUCAUUGAUACUAAUAACCCCAAAAUUUUACAAGUGAAAAAACUGAUGAGAUGCAGAUAAAGAUGUUGGUCCUGCAACUAUCUAUGGAUUGAAUGCUGAAAAGUUUAACCUCUGUGUGAGCAAGCAAUAUCGGGGAAGGUGAAACUUGUUUCAGUUCUAUUGUCUUGCAAACUAGAUUCAGUCAGCGCCAGGUUUUGACUUUAUACAAAAUGAACCAAUUCUUAGAAGGUCAUUUUUUACCACAAAAGAGCAAAACUGGGUUUUUUGCUCUUUUGGAAAGCUACAAUGCAUGCUGUCUUGUGGAGCAUUUGGGAAGAGAGAAAUAGAAAAAUGUUUGAUAACAAAAUCUUCUCCUUGGGAUGUUCUCAAAAACAGGGUUUGUGUUUUCUGUUUUCUUGGAUGAGCGCACAUAAGACCUUUGAAGGAGUAAGAUUUGGCAACCUGAGUAGAUGCUGGCAGGAUUAUUUGUUUACCUCCCCUGCGGAUUUCUCCUCUUAUACUCUUCCUUCCAGAUAGGCUAGUUAUUUUGUCCUUCAAUUUGAUGGUAACUUCAAGAGGAAGUCAUUCUCUCAGCCAGCUGCUGCUAUUGGUGGGAUAUUCUACAGUUCUAGAGGGGAUUUUUGCUUGGAUUUUAGUGGCCCGAUUACAGCUGAGGAUGCUUCGGAAGCUUGAAAUUCAUGCCCUCCUUCAAGGAUUAAGACUUGCAAAGGUUCUCCAUUUCAGUUCACUUACAGUGGAAGACAUGGCAGCAAAGCAGAUGGAAGAGAUACAGAGGAAAUUAGCAAUGCUGAACUACCCAAGAGCAAAUGCUCCUGCACAGUCUCUCCUUUUUGCUGGCAUGGAGAGAUACGCUCUCCUUGAAUGGCUCUUUUUCAGGCUCUUAGGUGAUAAGUCACCUUUCUCACAGCAAAGUUCACAAGGAGAUGGCAUGGAUCGUGAUGAAGAAACAGGUCGGAUCCAAUAUUUGGCUGAGAUCGCAAAAUUUUUGGGUAUUACAACUACCAUAGACACAGAAGCCAUUCAAGGACGGGGUAGCUAUGAAGAUCGCUGUGAAAUGCUUCGCCUUAUUGUAGAUCUUGUGGAAGCAAGUUGCUAUGCUGAUAAUCCAGAAUGGAGUGUUGAUGAGCAAGUGGCAAAGGACAUACAAUUAGUAGAUGCCAUUGCUGAGAAACAGGCCCAAAUUUUCUCUGAGGAAUGCAAACUAUUUCCUGCAGAUGUGCAAAUUCAAUCAAUAUUUCAGCCGCCAGAUGUUUCUGAACUGGAGUUAAACCUUUCAGAACAAUCAAAGAAGCUGUUGAAUCUUCAACAGAUGGUCGAUGAUUUGGCAUCAAAGCAUGCUUACAACCCAGAUGAGGACUAUGCAGAGGUGGAGUCAAAACUUCGUGCUCAUUUGGAAUCCUUUCUAGAAACUGCAAGAUCGUUCAAUUUAAUUUACACCAAGGAAAUUCGUCCUUGGACACACAUGAUGGAGGUACCACAGUUGCAUGGGUUUGGGCCAGCUGCCAACCGCUUGUUAGAAGCUUAUAAAAUGCUUUUAAAGUUCCUGUCAAACCUGAGGAACCUUCGAGAUUCACAUGCGGCGUUGGCCAUUGGAUCUUCUGACUCAGCAACAAAUGAGCCUUCUUCUGUCACAAGAAUAAUUGCUGAGUGCGAGUCUGCGUUAACAUUUCUGAAUCGUGAUCUUGGGAUCCUUUCGGCUUCUGUUGCUCGAGAGCGAGGUGAGGAAGCCCCACUGAGAUGAUUGUGAUGUUCUUGGAACACAAGAGAGAACGUUUAGUUUGUGAAUGAUUGAAUGCGAAUGUUGAUUGUUUGCUCAGUUAACCAUGAGCUAUCAUACUGAAAUUUCUGUUGGCUCAAGGAACAAAGGUAGAUUGUUAUGAAGAGCUUACUUUAAGUGGGGGAUCUUUCUAGA